AUGACAAAUAAGUAGAUUUAAGAUUUUGCGAUACCAUUACUAAUAGUACUAACAUCAAAAUGUAAAUCAAGAAAUAAUUGUGCUGCUAUUAAGUAUCAUAUCAGAUUACUUGUCAAUUAGCAAAAAGUAAAUAUAAAUGAACUUCUGCUACUGCUACUAAUGCCACUUCUUAUAAUGAACAUACUUGUGAAUCUUAUAAUGCUAAAUUAGGUAAAUGCUCAUAUUUCAAUAAAUGAGAUGCUAAAAUAUAUAAAAAAACUCAGAUGUUUCUUGUAAAUGAGUAGCAGUAGAUAUAAAGACUAACUUGAAUAAGAAAGACAAAACAUUUUUUACCUUAUUUCAUUCAGUUCUUUUAAAAAAAUAGUGGAGUAUUUUUUAUGUUUACCGAAAUUAAAAGUCUUUCUUUGA